AUGAUUCUGGCAUAUCUACUUUAAUCAAUUUUGAUGUAAUUGUUUUGAAUAACUUCAAAAUUACUUCUGAUAAUUUUAGUAAUAUUAUAUUUGACAAUUCUGUUAUUAUCAUUCUUAAUAUUUUUAACAUUGCCAUAGAUGAUUUCAGUAACAUUGUCUCUAAUGAUUCUAGUAGUAGUAUUUAUAAUAAAAGUAAGCAUGAAGUUCAAAGUAAUGAUAAUUCAAAA